AUGGCCUUUGACUUUGGGGACCGCAGGAGCGGCUUCUGCCACAGAGAGGUGGUCACGUUCAUCAACGAAGAGGUGCUCAAUAAUGGCGGCAGCCCAGACUUCUACCUCAGCUUCCGCUCGCGGCCGUGGAACGAGAUAGAGGACGGCCUGUGCGCCAUCCUCACCGAUCCACAAGUGCCGCGCGCCACCAAGCGGGCCUGUGCUUGGAGUGCGCUGGCCCUGAGCGCGCGAGUGGUCGCGAGGCAGCCGGAGCAGCAGGCACGCCAGGCCCGGUGGCUGCGGGAACAGAUCGAGGGGCACGAUGACGCCAACCGGGCUUUGGCCUCCGACCUGCAGCGGGUGCGCCAGGAGCGUGACGAGGUGGUCUUGCAGUUGCGUCGCGCGCGAGACGACCUGCAGAAGGUGCUGUACGAACGUGACAUGCUGUACUGGCAGCUGCUCCAGGCGGAAAGAUCUGCCCAGGCCGACACGCUGACCCAGGACGAAGAACAGCAGAGUGAGACACUGGCCGCAGGGUCACAGGGUGGGCAGGUUGCGUUGUCCCUGACGGGGGGGGCCCAGAUACCAUCCGCGACAGAUGUGCAUUAUCAACCAGGACCCCCUAGUCCUUGGGUACAGGUUGUUCAACCCCCUAAGCCAAUGCCAUUCCCCGCACCAUUCCCCGCGCCAUACCCAGUAGCAUUCCCGUACUUACCACCUUCCCCACUUAGCGUACUCUCGGAAGGGGAAGCGGUGGCAGGUGUUUCAGUCCCACCCCAGUUGCCUAUUGGGUAUAUCUACCCACCUGGCCCGCAGUCGGCUGCAGUGGCGUCCCGGGAGGAAAUAGACUCCCAGAGGGCCCAGAGGAGCCAAAGUGAGGGGGAAGGUCCUGUGAGGCCUCCUGGGUUGGCCCCCCCGAUUGACAGAAGGAGCCAAGUCCAGGAGGACAGUGCUGUGAGGCCCCGUUUCAGAAACCUCUCUGAGCACAGCUUGGACCAAGGAGACUCAAGGAAGCAACAACCUCUGGUACAGAUGGCCAAACUGCCAAAAGGUAAGAAAGACUUUGAAUCCCAGCAGGAGUAG